ACAACCAUGCCGCCCCCGACCCCACCCUUCAAAUCCUUCGAGACUGUCAACUUUUACGCAGGCUCUAGCCUCAAUCGUCUCUCAUGGCUGCGAACGGACUCCGGCUUCCUCAACCGCGCGUUAGCCUCACCGCGGACGCGCUUCCUUGUGCUGCAGAACCUUAACCCCUUGGCACACAAGGGCCCACAGGCGGGAGAGAAGGAUGGCCUGCUAGCUACCUUGAGUUGGGAUGAGGUCAAGGAGCCAGUCAUGGAGGUGGCAAGACAGUCUGGGCAUGAUGGAGGGGCGAAGCUCUUCGGACCGGAGGCGAAUGGGGUGCGUCUGCCGGAGGAGAAGAAGGAGGAGAAUGCGGGGCUCUUUGAGAAGUCUACGGCAGGACUCGGCCCGUCAGGAAUGGUGCUCGUCUUCCUCGGUAUUGAUGAGACGGGCACUGAUACGCCAUCUCUUCCUGGUCAACUCGCCCAAGAAAGCAGCAAUGCCGCUCAAAGUCAAGACGAGGGCGUCCCUCCCGGCACACCGUACUUCGCCCUCUCCCUCACGUAUCGUCCCAAGCCCAUCGCUGGCUCACAAAGCGAAGUCGAGCAACACCCCUUCUCGCGCUUGGAAUCCUCGCUACUCUCCUCUGGCUCCUACGAGUUCGUCGAUACGCGUACCCUCGGCCGCGCCGGCGACUGGCCGAUGAGCGACGCGGCCCUGGUGGCCCAGGCUCGUGCCCUCGUAGACUGGAAUACGAGACAAGUCUACUGCCCUUGCUGCUCACGCCAGCAAUACAUGCUUUGGAGCGGAUACAAGCGGGCCUGUGCGUCCACGCUUACCCGGCAGCUGAAGGUCGAGCCAGCCCCCUUCACCGAGUCGCUCCGCCUCUCCGCACCCUCAGGACAGGACGACCAGCUGGGUGACUGCCCGUCUACCACGAGUCUGUCAAACUUCAGCUACCCGAGGACGGAUCCUGUAGUGAUUAUGGGAAUCUUGAGCUCGGAUGGAGAGCAUCUUCUGCUUGGUCGGCAGAAGAAGUGGCCUCAGGGCUUCUACUCCUGCCUGGCCGGCUUUAUUGAGCCGGGAGAGAGUUUGGAGGAGGCCGUGCGUAGAGAAGUGUUGGAGGAGAGUGGCGUCAAGGUGGACAGGGUCGUCUACCAUUCCAGUCAGUCUUGGCCCUUCCCUAACCAAUUGAUGGAAGGGUGCUUCGGAAUUGCCUCUCCCUCUGCUCCCCUCGACCCGUCUACCAACCUGCCCAAGGUGAACCUCGACCUGGAUAACGAGUUAGAGUCGAGCCAGUGGUUCACGAGGAAGGAGAUUCUGGCCGUGCUGGACGGUAGUGCAAGGUCGAGCUUGAGUAGGCAAGAGAUUGAGAAGAUCGAUAAGGCGACGCAGAAGGCUGAUGAAAAAGCGAGAGCGAGUCGAUGGAGCAUGUCGCUGACGCGCCUUAUCCCACCGGCGACGGCCAUCGCGCACGUUCUCAUCGCUGCGUGGGCGAGAAAGGAAGCCGUUCUUCCC